AUGUCGUCUCGCAAACACCUUUUCGUUGUCAUACCAUUGUUGAUCAUCACACUCACAUCAAUGAGUAGCAUCAUUGUAGCGGAUGCAAGAAACCUUCUCGAGAUUGGUUUUCCAGAUAUUCCUAAACCAGAACUACCGGACUUUCCAGAGAUUCCCAAGCCUGAACUACCCCACUUACCCGAGAUUCCUAAACCAGAACUACCAGACUUGCCAGAGAUUCCAAAACCAGAACUGCCCCAUUUGCCAUCCCUAGAAGUGCCAGACUUAACUCACUUGCCGGUUCCAAAAUUUCCUGAUUUGCCCAAUGACUUUCCUAUACCAACUGAGAUACCGUAA